UAAACACAAACCCAGGCUUUGUCUUUGGUGCCAUUAAGACUUACCUUGAGUACUAUGAUCGUAGUAUUAAAGUACACGCUGUGUCGCGUUUUGGCACGUCUACAAUGAUAAGUUACGUGUGUUCGCUGCUAUUACAGGGAAGGUCAGUUGAUAUUUUGGGAGCAGCUAGCUAGCUACACGUCCCUGUUUGGCAGUCUGUUAACUUCGGCUGUGAGCAGGUCAGUCUUUGGACCUUAAAGACAGACACACACGGGAUCGUUUUAGUGAGAUCCCGGUAUAUAUGUAACCAUACUGACAGUCUUAUCCCGUGAUACAACAUCGUUGAUGUCAGUGAUACAGUGUGGCUAAUUUAGCUAACGUUAGCCAGUAUAAGUUACUAGCUGGUGGUAUAUAGACAAUGCUAACCUAACGUUACCCUUCUGGUCGCACACACAUCUGUGCAGUCUGAACAGAAGACUUUUGACUUCUGCUUCGUUUUUAACAGGAAUCUGUAACGAUUGGUGGAGUCAUUAGCAACUUGGUGAACUCAGAGUUUAGUCUCCGGUUUCAGGAAAUGCUCUCCAGCGAAGUGCAAGUGCUCAGAGAUACAGCAGCUGCUAUGCUGAUUUUUCAAGACGAUAUUUCAGAACAAUAUUCAUUAAGAUUUUUUCUUUCGGGAUGUCACCAUCAAAAGUUUGCCCCCGAUCCGAGUCAUUUAUUAUUGAGUAUCGAUACCAGGACUAUUUUCCUAUAAUAAUUUCUUUACACACUUUAAGUACAUUAAAGUUAUUAAAACCAAUUCGGUGUUUAUGCUUGACGAUUAAAAAGCGUUGCAAUAUAUUCAAAGAAAAAGCCAGGAUCCUAGCUGUUUCUUAAUAUGUUGUUUACUUUUGUUUUUACAAACUACUAAUUAUACUUAUUACAUCAUUGUAAUAAAACUAGCUUUACUGUUUAUUUAUUCUCACCCGGCCUUAAUUACAUAUUUACAAACUACUAAUUAUACUUAUUGCAUCAUUGUGAUAAAACUAGCUUUACUGUUUAUGUAUUCUGAUCCUUUGAUCCAAGGCAAUGUUUUCAAAUCAAAAGUCCAAAACUCUGAGGAAUUAAUUAUAAAUUAAAAUGGAAAAUUUGAGCAGUCAGAGACACUGGAUUUUUACAUUUUCUCUUAAAAAUUACUUUAAAAAUUCAAAUUAAUAUGAGUCCUUUAACUACUUGAUGAAUCAGAAAAACGGGAUUAAGUCAUCUGGAAAACCUUAGAGCUCACUGUUGUUUAUCAUGUCUGUAAAACUUUCCCAACAGUUAACUGACGCAAUAUGCUGAGGUUAUUUGCAUGUCGACAAUAGCCACAUUAAAUAUUCUGAAUGCCUGUUCAUGCUUGCAGCCAUAACUCAUUUUUGUACACAUAUCUUACAAAAGUGAAAAUUCCCAACUUUUUCCAAAAGUGUUGACAAUAUUAAUGUAUAAAGUAUUCUGAGAAAUGCAAUAUUCUUUAAUUUAUUGCUGUAUAUUUCUGUCAGGGUGCUUGUGUUACACUCCAGACUUGUUGCACCCCCAGGUCCUGGUGAUGGCAUCCCAUUUCCCUACUCAUGUUACAUCUGUGACUGUAGUUAUCUGAGGGGCCCUCGCGGGUACAGCAUGUGCUUUGAGAAUCCACAACAUCCCCCUUCAGAAAAGCCCAUGUUGCCGUUGGAUAGGACAUUAUUAACAGGACAGCGACUUGGCUCACCACCAUAUGUGUGUCAGUGUGACAGACUAACCUUUUGAUAUACAAGUUUCUGAGUGUCUCGCAGUCCUAACUCUUGCCUGAAUGCCUGUAGAUGUGUGUGUCUCGCUGUGUGUUCUGGUCUGUGUUUCGGUCUGUGUUUGUGUGUUGCUGUCAGUCUUCCCUGGUCUGAUCGCGCCCGUGUCUGAUAGUCCCUGUCCUGUCCUCACACAGCAUAAGCUAAAGUCUUCGCAGAGGGACAAGGUACGGCAGUUCAUGUCCUUCACACAGGCUGGGGAGAAGACAGCUGUGUACUGCCUCACGCAGAAUGACUGGAAACUAGAAGUUGCCACCGACAACUACUUUCAGAAUCCAGACCUCUACUGCAAGGAAUCCAUGAAAACGUCAGUAGACCGGAAAAGGCUCGAGCAGCUCUACAAUCGCUACAAAGAUCCCCAGGAUGAGAAUAAGAUCGGUAUCGAUGGGAUCCAGCAGUUCUGUGACGACCUCUUGCUGGAUCCAGCCAGCAUCUCCGUGCUGGUCGUGGCGUGGAAAUUUCGUGCCGCCACUCAAUGCGAGUUCUCCAAGAAGGAGUUUCUGGAUGGAAUGACAGAGUUGGGGUGUGACAGCCCAGAAAAACUGAAGGCCCUGUUGUCAAGAUUAGAGCAGGAGCUUAAAGACAGUGGGAAGUUUAAGGACUUCUACCAGUUCACCUUUAACUUUGCCAAAAAUCCUGGGCAGAAGGGUCUAGACUUGGAGAUGGCCGUAGCUUACUGGAACCUGGUUCUGUCGGGACGGUUUAAGUUCCUUGAUCUUUGGAACAGAUUCCUCCUGGAACACCAUAAACGAUCCAUCCCAAAGGACACGUGGAAUUUAUUGUUGGACUUUGGUAACAUGAUCGCAGACGAUAUGUCAAACUAUGAUGAGGAAGGAGCGUGGCCGGUCCUUAUAGAUGACUUUGUGGAAUUCGCUCGACCAAUUGUAACGGGAUCAAAACGUAAAACUCUCUAAAUCCACUCCCAACUCUGGAGAAGCCAGAACCUUGUUUCUUUUACAGUGACUUCAUUGUUUUUUUUAAGACUUGUACAAAAAAAGUGAAAAUUGUAGACGAGAGAGAAAACAGAAGCACUUGAAACUGUCAGGACACCACCGUUCAGGGAGCUGAGUACAAACAUUGAGAACAACUGGCCACUUUGUUUUGCCCUCAUGAGACCGGGGCGUCAUCCGGACAUCUGGCGGAUUCACCGUUGUCUCUCCGCUGGAUUCUCAGCAUCCUGGACGCCUCUGCUCGGCUCCAGGAGGAGCGCAGCCCUGUAUGAGGGGAUGGACACAGCGCUGAGGAGCUUCACUGGCUGUGUGCACUCUAAAGGGACUGGAGAGGAGGAAACCGUGUGUUACGCUUUGUUUUGUUAUAUGAAGCUCUGAGCGACUGUGCAAAGUUCCCAUGUCUUACUCUAACUCUGAGUGCUCGCGACACCAGCACCAAACAGAACUGUUGCAGUUUUUACUGUACAUACUGUAUCUAUUGGGACAGUUUACAAAGAGAGCUAUAUGAAGAAUAAUAUAAAUACUUUCAAUUUAUAAAUGCAAAGGAUGAUUCUUUUAUGUACAGUCAAUGCUUAGAUCUCUAACGGGAUGCCUCGAUAUCGUGGAUGAUACGCUGUUGGUUUAAGUGUUCGGUGGAUCUGUCAUGGAGUUGUGAGCUUCUCGUUGAAAGCAUGUUAAACACAUUUUACGUCACCACGAACUGGUUUCACAAAUACAUUUUCACUAAAGUAAAGGCAGUGCUUUCAUUUAGCUAACUGAGUUUGGUUCGUGGUUUUCAUUUGUCAGGUUAAUGUCAGUUGGGAGUAUUAAAUCUUACAUGUGACACAGUCCACAUACAGCAGCAAACUUAUGUUUUCAAAAGAUUACUGUUGAGGAAAUGUUCGUUUUGUAUCCCUGAGGCAUUAAUGAUGCUAAAAUUACUAUUCAGAAACAUUUAAGUGAAAUAUAAAGUGAAGAACUGACAAACCCGUAGGAUAGCAUGGCACAUAUCCGUAUGUUAUGGCAGUGCUCAGUUCAGAAGCCAGGACGUUAAAGACGGGACGACAAAGUAAGCCUUAAGAAUAAAUAUCUGUCUGUUCAAUAUUUAUAUUUCUGUCCGAGCCAUCUGUCCAGUGUUACUGACGGUAGUGAAAACUAGAAUAUAUUGUUAAAACAUCAUGUAAGUAUAUUGUUCAUUUGAGAGAUGAAUAAAGCAUGAGCUUUUCCAUAAUCAUACAUGCAAAAAGUUAUUUUGUUGAUGAGACACAUUUUAUAUCCCACAACAGUACAGCUGCUUAGACAGGAGUGUAUUUGUUAUGAUUGACAAUGUAAAAAAGAUUUAUAGCCAUACUGAUCUGAAAGCUUUAAUAUUACAUUUUUCAUAAUCCUCCAUGUUGUUGAUUGUUAAUAAUAAACAAUAUUUAACAAGAUCUUUCAAGUACAUUCUCGUUAUAAUUUGGAUAGUGCUUUGGAAAACAAACCUCAUUAAUGAAACGUUAUUAAAUAUGUACCUGUUUGUGCAAUGUAACAUAUCUAAAGUACAGUAUUGGAUGAUGGUGAGCUGUCAAGGAAGUUUGAUCAUAAAGUAUUUACAAAUGUAUUCUACGUCCUCAAUGUGUCUAUCAUAAUACGCAGCAGGUUAAGUGACUAUGAAAUAAUAUUUACGCCACUAUGUACCUGCAUGUUGGGCCAUCCUCUGCAAAGAUAAGUUGUCACGAACAUCAGUGUUUAGUUUGCGAAAAGGGUUUUAUGACAUGUUUGGAUGUUACAACACUAAAAACAUGUACUUCAAAUCAGA